AUGGCCCCCCCACCACGAACUCCAAAGCCGCGAGGUGCCCGCAGAAAGGCGACCGCAGAUGCUGCUGACCCCGACGAGAUCACUGCCAUGACACGGCGGCAGAAGAAUCGUGAGGCACAGAAUGCAUUUCGCAGGAGGAAGCAGGUAGCUGAACAGGCGCAACAACACCGCUUGCACCGCCUAGAACAGGUCAUUGAAGAGAUGAGCUGUGUCUUUAUGGGGGUCUUUGACCAGAUGCUGCAGACAGAGUCUAUUGUUGUGCAGCAUCCCGGACUGGUAGCCAACCUUCGCGAGUCCAUCACUAAAGUCCUCCAAUUGGCCAAAGAAGUAGUGGAUAUCGACCAAGACUCAAUCAUGACGGGGAACCCUCUGAAAGCAAUUGACGAAGGCGACUCGGCUUCAGUGGCCGAGGAACCGGCCCCUCCUGACGAGUCGUCUUCUGCUGUCAGCCUACCAACAACUCACACGCAUACUGAAAGCUCUUUGAUAGCUUUUAGCAACCAUACCCCCCCGACUCUCUUGGAUUCAGACAUGUCCUCGGUGGAACAUAGUCCCGGGUUUCUAUUCUCCAUCCAACCAGCCAGUGAAUCCUUCUCACCGCCCACAUCCACCUACUCGAGCAGCUCCCCCUCUCUCCCACCCCAGAUCUUUGGCAAUGGCUGGGACACCUCGACGACCCCUCCUUUGCACAUUCAAGAUCCCUUCAGGCUUCCCUCAAUAGAGACCCAAAAUCUUCUUCAGGCACUUGGCGGAUUCCCUCUCCGACUUAUUGAGACGACUCUCUCCUAUGGAUACUUCAUUCUCAAGCACUCCCCACAGGAUGAAGUCAAUAGAGGCUUCAAGAACACUUUCCGUUACAGAACUAAAGAACAACACAUGGCUGGCUUCCGCUGGCUUCUCGGGCCUGGGAGACCAUACAUGUACCGAGCGUCGGGUGUCAACUGGGGGACGCGCGAUGGCAAGGAAGCAGCCUUCCCCUAUCAUCUCAUGAACCCGCCCUCCUCUUCACCAGAGCUGCUUCCGACUUGGGAGGAAUCUGGGAAUGAAUCUUUCCCACCAGAUUACCUGACAGUGCUUGGUGUUACCGACCUGUUGCAUAAUCUCGGUGCCCAAAUACUCGACAGUGACACCAUAGAGGUUCGGAUUGAAAGCUCGCAGGUAAACCCAAACAUGUAUAAUGUUAAUCUAGCCCCCGCACCGAUAUACCCAGUUACCCCAGAGUCGCUCAGCUUCAUCGACUUUUUCGCCGCGCGGACAUAUCAGCGAGAGCCUUUGGUCUUACGACUGAGUAUCCCCCUCCUAACACUAAAUCUUGCACGUGUUUCUGUAUGCUUUAUAAAGGGGCCCGGAUUCCCACGAGUCGAGUUACGAAAAGUACUAGAGGCAUCUGUCACGGGUGCUACUGGUGGUUAG